UUCAUCUUAUUUGUGUCUUGUUGGAUCCAGACGUGUUGUUUCCCAUCACGUAUUACCAGCAGAUGCUUCAAUCAAACCUCCAAGACCAGUUUUUCUGUGUGAAACCAGGCUGGUCAGAAGUCGACCAACAUCUGGAUGACAUCUACACAGAGCUGUACAUCACAGCUGGGCUGGAUUCACACAUCAACACACAGCAUGAGGUCCAACAGGUUGAGACGACACAGCAGAAGCAAAGAUCAGCAGAGGAGCCAGUGAAGCCCAGUGACCUGUUCAAACAUCCCCCUGGUGAAUACAGACGCAUCAGAACAGUGUUGACCAAUGGAAUCGCUGGGAUUGGAAAAACAGUCCUUGUGAACAAGUUUGUGUUGGACUGGACCCAACAAAGGUCCAAUCAAGACGUGCAUCUGAUUUUCCCCUUCACCUUCCGUCGGCUGAAUCCACUGAAGGGACAGAAGUUUAGUUUGUCAGAGCUCAUUCAUGAAUGUAUCCCAGAAACUGAGUCCAUCAGCCUGGAGGCUCUGAAUUACAUCUUUACACAUCUACAGUCAUCAGGAAACAGCAACUAUGACAAGAGCAGCUUCAAACUUCUGUUUGUGUUUGAUGGACUGGACGAGAGUCGCCUCCAACUGGACUGUAGCACCAGUGAGAAGGAGACGGGUCAACGUGACGUCACAGAGUCCACCUCAGUGGAUGAGCUGCUGACAAACCUCAUCAGAGGAAAACUACUACGCUCUGCUCGCAUCUGGAUCACCACACGACCUGCAGCAGCCAAUCAGAUUCAUGGAGACUUUGUUGAGGUGGUGACGGAGGUCAGAGGGUUCACUGACCCACAGAAGGAGGAGUUCUUCAGGAAGAGAUUCACAGAUGAGGAGCAGAGCAACACAAUCAUGUCCCACAUCAAGACGGCACGAAGCCUCCACAUCAUGUGCCACAUCCCAGUCUUCUGCUGGAUCACUGCUACGGUUCUGGAGGAUCUGCUGGAAACCAGAGAGGGAGGAGAGCUGCCCAAGACCCUGACGGAGAUGUACGCAGAGUUCCUGGGGUUUCAGAUGGAUCGGACUAAAGACAAGUACGGACCAGAACAAAGCAGCAACUACAUCAAGUCAUUGGCUAAACUGGCUUUUAAGCAGCUGCUAAAGGGAAACUUGAUCUUCUAUGAGGAAGAUCUGAAAGAGAGUGGCAUCGAUGUCAGUGGAUCCUCAGUGUGUUCAGGAGUGUUCACAGAGAUCUUUAAACAGGAGCGAGGGAGGAAAACCAAGGACAAGAUGUUCAGCUUUGUUCAUCUGAGCGUUCAGGAGUUUCUGGCUGCUGUUCACAUCAUGCUCUGUUACACCAACGGGAAGAUGGAGGAACUGGAGGAGUUUCUGAAAGACUUCAAUGCUGCUCUGGAUGAUGUCAUGAGUGUAACCAUGUAUGAAUCCCUCCACAGUCCAAGUGGCCACCUGGACCUGUUUGUUCGCUUCCUUCAUGGCCUCUGUCUGGAGUCCAACCAGAGAAUCUUAGGAGGUUUGCUGGGUCACACAGAGAACAGUCCAGAAACCAUCCAGAGAAUCAUCAACAACCUGAAGGAGAUGAACAGUGAUAGAAUCUCUCCAGACAGAAGCAUCAACAUCUUCCACUGUCUGAUGGAGAUGAACGAUCACUCAGUCCAUCAGCAGAUCCAAGAGUUCCUGAAGUCAGAGAACAGAUCACAGAAGGAACUCUCCUUGAUCCAGUGCUCAGCUCUGGCCUACAUGCUGCAGAUGUCAGAGGAGGUUCUGGAUGAGUUGGACCUGAAAAAGUACAACACAUCAGAGGAGGGACGACAGAGACUGAUUCCAGCUGUGAGGAACUGCAGAAAGGCUCAACUUUCUGCUUGUGGACUCACAGAGACUCACUAUGAAGUUGUGGCCUCAGCUCUGAAGUCCAACCCGUCACAUCUGACACAUCUGGACCUGAGCUACAACUACAACCUGCAGGACUCAGUGAAGGUUCUGUGUGCUGGACUGGAGAGUCCUCACUGUCGACUGGAGACUCUGAGAUUGUGGCACUGCAGUUUGUCAGAGAACAGCUGUGAUUAUCUGGUCUCAGCUCUGAAGUCCAACCCGUCACAUCUGACACAACUGGACCUGAGUGACAACGACCUGCAGGAUUCAGGAGUGAAGCGUCUGUGUGGUUUUCUGGAGAGUCGUCACUGUCGACUGGAGACUCUGAGAUUGAUUUACUGCAGUUUGUCAGAGAUCAGCUGUGAUUCUCUGGUCUCAGCUCUGAAGUCCAACCCGUCACAUCUGACACAACUGGACCUGAGUGGAAACAACCUGAAGGAUUCAGGAGUGAAGCAUCUGUGUGGUUUUCUGGAGAGUCGUGACUGUCGACUGGAGACUCUGAGAUUGAGAUUCUGCAGUUUGUCAGAGAUCAGCUGUGAUUCUCUGGUCUCAGCUCUGAAGUCCAACCCGUCACAUCUGACACAACUGGACCUGAGUGGAAACAAGCUGCAGGAUUCAUCAGUGAAGGCUCUCUGUGACCUGGUGCAGAGUCCAGACUGUGGACUGCAGACUCUGAGCUGGAGAUGAUCCAGAUGUAGAAGCAGCAGCAGUGUGUGUGUGGAGGUUCUGACUGGUCCAUGUUACUGGGAGCAGAGCUUCAUCCACAACUGACUGACAGAGGAACCAGAACCAGUGGAGACGACUCUCAGUGUGAACUGAUCUGAGACCAGCUGCUCUGUGUCCAGUCGACCAGGAUCAUGUGGGAAAUGAAGUGUGUGGUGCAGUAGUUAGAUAUCGGGGACAGUGUUGAUGUACAUUUAUUCAUAUAAUUUACUACCUCACUUGUAUUUUUGUAUAAACAGUGUUUUCACAAAUUAAUGCUCUAGUGUUGUAAUACUGUAUGAAGUAGACAUUCGGGACACAGACAGAUUGUUUAUAAAGCAUCUUUACUGUAUAACCUGUGUCCUCGUGGCUGCUCUUUGACUCAAGACUAAAGGCAGAGGUUUCACAUUUGAUUCUUUAUUGAAAGCAGAGUGUAGCAGUUCAGGAGCAGACUCACUUCCUCUUAACUCAUGUAACUACAAGACGAGCGACGUUCAAACUGCGUCAGGUUGUUUCUUGUACAACUACAUUUACUUAAUGUGACAAGACAUUAACACAACAACAACAUUUACACGGCAUCGUCAUGGACAGAUAACAUGCUUCUUCCUGCUUCAAACUGCUGCCAUCACUAAGAGCAACCAGUGCAGCGUUCAGAAGUUGGUCGCCAGUUAACGUGGUCACGAGUUAAUACGGAACACCGGUCCGUGAAAAUAUUGUGACAUUAAACUGGUCCGAGGCACAAAAAAGGUUGGAGACCAUUGAUUUAGGGUUUUUACAGUAUUGUUGCAUAUGUUUUUUUUGUGACAUCAUCAUUUUAGACAGUUGUUUUCCACAGCAUGUGAUCGAGGUCUAUGAUGUUUAAAUUGACUGAAUGAUAGUGGUUAUGUGUUAAAGUUAGUUAAAACAGUGAAAUAAAACUGGUAAGGGUCA